AUGACUCGUCGAUGGACUCUUGAGGAUAUUUGUGUUGCUGCUGCCUUUUUUAUUGGUUGCUCUGGAGUGGCACUUUUGUGCACGAGUGGAUGCAAGCUGUUGAACAGGGAUCCCGAUUCGAAAAGGGGAUGGCUGCUAGCCACACUCGGCUUUUUGGCAAUCGUCGUGACAAUUUGUGCGACAAUUGGCGUGAUUUUUCUAUUCAAACACAUUCACGAUUCGAAGCCAUUGGAGUAUUAUUGGACAAGGAUUGAUGACGAUGAUGAUGCGGCGACGAAUUCAACGGGUCUUUCUACGAGUAAUUUCACAAGUUUU